GUCAUUUUCUUGUCUUUGUCCUCUCCCUCUACAUAUCCCCUUUUCCAUCUUUUCAUUGUUAACGUCCUGACUAUCUCCAAGAACCCAUUUCAGUUCCACUCGAAAUAUACCAAAAAAGUGGAGAGGAAAAGGUCAAUUUUUUUUCAUUUUCUUGCUCUCAAAUCAUGGAUCUUUGGUCUGUACAUGUUAAGAACACCAAUCUGCUAUUCAGAAAUUCAAUUUCUGACAAGCACUUUGUUUCUGGCUAUUUGAAAAAUGUCAGAGUUGAAAAUUGGAAGGUGUUUGAGAUCAGAGUUCCUAAAAGACGGGCUUUUUCUGGUUCUGGGUAUCACUCUUUACUGGUUAAAGCUAUGGGUAAGAAGAACUCCGACAAUUCCUCUUCUUCAGGGAAGGGCCCAGAAGAAGAUAACUUAAAAGGAAGCAACCCAUCUUCUGAAAACGAUAGCUCAAAGGAUACUGGAUCUCCGAAAUCUCAUCAGAAGCCCUUGGACUGGAGGGAAUUCCGAGCAUCUCUUUACAUUCAGGAGCUGGCAGCAAAUGCAGUCUCUGACACUCAAAAGCAAGAGGGAACAAGUUUUGGUCCCAAAGCUCUUCCCUUGAAGUGGGCGCAUCCAAUUUCAGCACCUGAGAAUGGCUGUGUUCUUGUUGCCACUGAAAAGCUCGACGGAGUUCAUACGUUUGAAAGAAAAGUAAUUUUCCUCCUCAGAUCUGGAAACAGGCACCCGCAAGAGGGUCCAUUUGGUGUAGUCAUAAACCGGCCACUAGGCAAAAAGAUCAUAGACAUGAAACCCACAAAUGUUGACCUGGCAACAACCUUUGCUGAUUGUUCGUUGCACUUUGGUGGGCCCCUUGAGGCAAGUAUGUUUUUACUAAGAACAGGGGCUGGUUCAGGGCUACCUAGGUUUGAAGAAGUGAUUCCUGGCGUGUGUUUUGGAGCUCGAAACAGUUUGGAAGAAGCAUCUGCAUUGGUAAACAAAGGGGUGCUUAAAUCUCAUGAUUUCAGAUUCUUUGUUGGCUAUGCGGGGUGGCAGCUUGACCAGUUGAGGGAAGAGAUUGAAUCUGGCUAUUGGUAUAUUGCGUCUUGUAGUGCAAAUCUGAUAUUUGCAGGUUCGCAAAUUUCGUCAUCAGAGAGUUUGUGGGGAGAAAUAUUACAGUUGAUGGGUGGUCAGUAUUCGGAAGUAAGUCGGAAGCCUAAGCAAGACAUAUAGCUUCUCAAUGGUCACUUUACUGUCAAACCGAACACAUUCAGUUUGUGUGAAGUCAAAUGUACAUAUGGUGGCACAGGUCCCUAAUCUAGUAGAGUAAUCGUUUUCCAUUUCUGCAUCUCUUAGACCUUGGUAAUAAGUUAGUAUAUGAUAAAUGUAUGUAAAAGAUAAUGUUUGGAGGAUCC